CGGAGCUGUUAUAGUUGUUAUUUUAAACCAGGCGAAAGAAAAAGACAAAAUUUAAAGAAAGCUAACUAGCCGGCUAGCUUAGCUCUCUGUAGCUACAAGUGGCAGCAUGGCAGCUGUUCUGGAGCUGAUAGCUGGGAGCUACGAGCAGGUCGCCUUCGGUUACCGAGUGAAAACUGAUGAGAAAGAGUGGACAGCUACAGCAGACUUCACACAUCACGCCCACACAGCGUCCAUAUCAGUGGCAGCAGCCAGUGAGAGGUUUGUUGUCACAGGAAGCAAAGAUGAGACCAUACAGCUGUACGACAUGAAGAAGAGGACUGAACACGGAGCUUUGCUGCAUCAUGACGGCACCAUCUCCUGCCUGGAGUUUUAUGGGACGUCUCAUUUACUGAGCGGAGGAGAGGAUGGACUCAUAUGUGUGUGGAGCACGAAGAAGUGGGAAUGUCUGAAAUCCAUCAAAGCUCACCACGGUCAUGUCACGUCGCUGUCCGUCCAUCCGUCUGGGAAACUUGCGCUUUCAGUCGGGACGGAUAAAACUCUCAGAACGUGGAAUCUAACAAACGGAAGAUCGGCCUUCAUCAAAAACAUAAAACAGAACGCACACAUUGUCAGAUGGUCUCCAGAUGGCGAUAAAUAUGUGGCUGUGGUGAAUGACAAAGUGAACGUCUACGACUUGGAGACAGCCUCUGUGACGGGGACGAUCACAAACCCCAAAAGGAUCUCAUCUGUUAAGUUCCUAAAUAACUCCAUCCUGGCGGUCGCAGGAGACGAUGAGAUUGUGAGGUUUUGUGACAUCGGAAAAGAGAAGUGUGUGUGUGAGUUUAAGGCUCAUGAAACCAGAGUGAAAGCAGUCGACAGUUUCAUGAUGGAGGAUUACUGCGUUGUGGUGACGGCUUCAAACGACGGAUUCAUCAAAAUGUGGAAACUCUACCUAAAAGAGGAGCUGGAGUCGCCCACGCUCCUCGGGGAGGUGAACACAAAUGCCCGCCUGACGUGCAUCGCUGUGUGGAAACCUUCAUCAGUGCAGCAGCCCGCUGAGGAACCGGCAGCUGAGGCGACGACAUCUGAAGAGCUCGCUCAGGAGCUUUCAAAGACGAAAAGAGUCCGAAUCGCUGCAGAAGAAGUUGUUCUGGAAGACGAGAGCAAACCCAAAAAGAAGAAAAAGAACUCUGGAAAAUAAAAAAAUCAACCCUGUUUUAUUAUUCAUGGACGGUUUUAUAUGUGGACUCGUUUGGUCGCAUAUUUGUGUGCUUUUUGUGGUUGCCACAGGAAGGUGAUAAAUUACAGCUUUUGUGAAUAUAUUGUGCUGUCAACACUGAAAAGUUGAGAUAAUGACAGUGGAAAAAGAGACAGGCAACAAUAAAAACGUUUUAUAAUCCAUAAA